CUUAAAACAAAAGGUAAAAAGAAAGAAAAAACAAAUUACAAGUUAUUUUUUAUUUAUAAAAUCCCAUUCCCCUCCAUAAAAUCUCACCAUCAUCCACCCCACGCACACAGUAACCCACCUUCUACACACACACAGACAAAUGAAGAUGGACAAAAGAGUCAAAUUUAAUAUCUGCUGCUUCUUGUUCGUAUUACUAUCAUCCAUCUUCGUUUCCAUAGUCGAGGCUACCCCUCCUGGUGUUGCGAACUUGAGUAAAUCAAAUCCUUUUUCCCCUAAUUCCUCUAUAAUUCGUUACUGGAAAACCCAGAUCUCCAAUCGUUUUCCGAUCCCUUCUUUUCUCCUUUCCAAAGCUUCACCACUCUCACCUUUCGAAUUCUCAUUAUUCACCAAAUUAGCUUCCAACCACUCUCUUUCGUCUCAUCUUUCUUCCUUCUGCUCCUCCGCCGACUUAUUCUGUUUCUCCGAUCCCACCUCCAUUAAUUCCGGUCGUCUAAAAGACACCAACUUUGCUGUUUACGACUCCAAACGUUUCUCCACCUACGGCUCCUCCCAAAUUGGCGGCGCCGACACUUUCAAAAACUACUCGGAAAACAUUAACUUUGCAUCCAGUGGUUUCGCCAGAUACAGCGGCAUAUCCACCGGCCACCAUGAAGGAUUCACCUCCUACGCGACUGACGCCAACGUCGCUAACUCAAACUUCACCAGCUACGCCACCGAUGCCACCGGAGGUAAUGGCGAUUUCACCUCCUAUAUGCCACGUGUCAAUGUGCCUGAUCUCCGGUUUGCAUCCUACUCAGCCAACGGAAACAACCAUGCCAUGUCGUUCAAGAGCUACGUCGACGACACAAACUCCGGGAACCAGCAGUUCAUGAACUACGGUAAAAAUGGGAACGGAGUUCCGGUGGGGUUCACCGGGUAUGGUGACACGUCGAAUGUAAUCGGGUCCACUUUUUCUCACUAUGCUGAUCUGGCAAACGGUGCGAAUGAUACUUUCAAGGCGUAUUCAUCAAAUGCAAAUAACCCAAAAAACGAUUUUAAAUCAUAUGGUGGUAAUAGUGGAAAUGCCGGGUCGGAUUCUUUUGUGAGUUAUCGAGAUGGAGCGAACUCGGGUACAGACACAUUUCUGUCAUACGGUAGAAAAUCAAAUUCGGGCAAAACAAAUUUUGUAAAUUAUGGAAAAUCAUUCAACCCGGGUUUCGAUUCGUUUAGAGAAUACGGUAAAGGAUCCACGGGUCAAUCUACCGGUUUUAGUAUCUAUGCUUUGAAUACCACAUUCAAAGACUAUACCAAAACUGGUGUCACAUUUGGUCAAUACACAAAACCCGGGUCGAAAACGGGUCCUACCAAGGUCAGUGGCAGUUCGGCAAAUAAAUGGUCAGAGCCGGUUAAAUUCUUUCGGGAGAAAAUGUUAAAGAAAGGGACCGUUAUGACAAUGCCUGACAUUGUUGACAAAAUGCCUAAACGGUCGUUUUUGCCCCGGGCCAUCACGUCGAAAUUACCGUUUGCCACUGACAAACUAUCUGGUGUGAAGGAAGUUUUCCAGGCGCGGGACAGUUCUGUUCUGGAGCGUGUUUUAACCAACACGCUGUCAGAAUGUGAGCGGGCCCCGAGCCAGGGUGAGACCAAACGGUGUGUUGGAUCAAUUGAAGACAUGAUCGAUUUCGCGGUUUCGGUUUUGGGUCAUGAUGUUGUGGCAAGGACGACGGAGAAUGUUAAAGGGUCAAAAGAAGAGGUGAUGAUCGGAGAAGUCAAAGGGGUCAACGGUGGGAAGCUCACUAAGUCAGUGUCAUGCCAUCAAAGCUUGUAUCCAUACCUACUCUAUUACUGCCACUCUGUACCGAAAGUGAGAGUCUAUGUGGCUGAUAUACUUGACGUGUACAAUAAGGCAAAAAUCAAUACUGGUGUUGCAAUAUGUCAUAUUGAUACGUCAGCAUGGAGCCCGGAGCAUUUGUGGCACUUGGGUCGGGUCCGGGUCUCAUUGAAGUCUGCCAUUGGAUAUUUGAGAACGACAUGACGUGGACCACAUCGGAUUGAAGAUGAGCACGUGUGUUUGCUUUAUAAUUCAGAAAGUCGUAGUAAUGUUGUUGUCAUGAGAUUUUAGAAAUUUGAUUGUUGUGUAACUUGGUGUUAUUGUAAUGGUUUUGAAAUUUUUAUAAAACAGAUAUUGUCGGAUUUUGUUAGAUAGAUGUCCAUAAAUAAAAUAAUGA